CAUCCGUGCAAUUUACAGAAAAGAUUCCUGGCAUUGGCUCCUACUCGGACCAUUUUGCGUAUUCGGCAACCUUCGAAGUACUUGCGACAUCAAACAUGCUUCCAUCGCGGCCGCCAAAAUCGGAGAGGUUGCAACUCUAUCAAGAACUCACCGAUUUGGUGGCAGAAUAUUUGGCCUCCAGAAAUUCGUGGCAGAGCCGGCUUCUUCUUUGGCACUUUUGGGUCUCUGCGUUUGUCUUCAUUGCAUUUCUGGCCGUCAUCGUCGUUGUCUCGUUCCUUGCUCCCUGGGCAUCAAUUCUUUUCCUCUUUUUUGGAGGCCUCGUGCUGGCUACUGGAUUGCUGAGCGGCCAGAUCGGAUUUCUGUUUUGCAGAUCUGAGCGCAGAGCCAUGACGGAAAUCAUUCUACAAGUGGCAGAUGCUGCCCGCUUGCUACAAGACAGCUGAAAUUAUCAGCGGGAUUAUUCUCUCGGUUUUUUUCGCGUGCCUUAAAACAAUAUACCGGCUGUCCUGUUUAGGAAAUACAAUGUCGGAAGCCAAAAAAUCAGAUCUUGAGCUCUUUUUUUAAAAUGACCACAUCGUUCUAGUCAAAAUGCCGAAGAAGGAACCCACGACAGAGACGACAGAGUCUCCAAAUGACGGCGAGUACGUCUUGUCGCCCGAAGAGGAAGCCAGGUAUGGCCGCUUUUCCAAGAACCAGAAACGGCUAUUCAUGACCAUUAUGGCUAUAGCCACAUCGCUUGGGCCGUACUCGUCUUCCGCGUACAUGCCAGCAACACAGAUGAUUGCUGACGAAUUCAGCACCACCGGAUCCACCAUUAACCUGUCUGGGACCGUUUUCAACGUCAUGACUGCCAUGUCGCCAUGUCUGUUCAACCGCUUGUACGAAUUCUAUGGCUGCCGUCCAAUUUUCAUUUUCAUGGCCACUCUCCUGUUGAUACCCUCGAUCCUCACUGCUGUUUCUGUGAACCUGCCUAUGUUUUUCGUGUUUCGCAGUCUCACCGGCCUGUUCUCUUACUCGUUCAUCAACAUGGCCGCAUCAAUCACCGGCCACAUUUACCAGCCCACCCAAAGGUCCACGGCAUUGAGUUGCUGCUUGGCAGGCACCCUGGCAGCCAGUGCAUUUGCGCCAGUCCUUGCGGGAGUCAUCAUCACCUACGCAUCCUGGAGAAUCAUUUUCUGGGUGCAGACAGGCAUCACUGCUUUGGUGUUGGUCAUGGCCAUCGUCUUUCUCAAGGAAACCACGCCAGAAACUGAAUUCUCCAUCUGGAAACGACAAACGUCUAAAAAAUUCAAGCUCAUCGCUGUCAAUCCGUUCAAGGUUGUCUUUGCAUUGCGCAUCCCAACACUAUUUCUCUCGGGCAUCACCACGCUCUUGCUAUCGUUCAAUUAUUUUGCAUUGCUCACUCCAAUCAGGUACGUUGUGGACCCGCGGUUUGGAUUCACAAGUCCUAUCCAGGGCUCUUUGUUCUAUCUCGCUCCUGGCUGCGGCAUGGUCAUAUCCACCCAGUUUGCCGGCAGAUACGCCGAUUGGGUGCUGAAACGCGCAAUCAAAAGAAGACACGGGCGGCUUGUGAGCGAGGACAGACUGCAGGCGUGUUUGCCGGCCAUGCUGCUUAUGUUUUCGUCGAUCAUAAUUUACGGCUGGUCCAUCCAGGAGAAAAAGGGCGGCCUGGUGCUACCAAUCGUCAUGAUGUUCCUCAACGGACUGUCCCAGACGUUUGUGUACACGCCGAUAAACUCUUAUUGCAUUGGAAGCUUGCCCGAAAUAGGCUCGCCGAUCGCGCUGGGUUCCAACUAUUUUAUCCGCAACAUUGGAGCUGCUAUUGGGUCCGGAGUCACCUUGCCCCUGUUCGAUGCCAUCGGCAUCGGAUGGUCCAGCGUUAUUAAUGGGAUCCUCAUAGUCGUGGCCUUUGGCUCCACUAUGCUAUGCUACAAGCUGGGCCAAAGCUUGCGCACGAAAUGGCUGAAAAAAAACGGUUAUCGCUCUGUGGACGGGGACGACCGAGAAGGGUAG